CGGAAUUUGAUUUAAAACGAAUAAAAGUAAACCGGUUUAUAGAUAAAGGAUGAUUGAACCGGGUUGUCUUUUUUUUCUCCCAAAGCUCUUCCGUCUCCAUGGAUGUUUGUAGGUUACAGAGCAAAAACAAACAACUCAGCUGAAGAAAUAAUGAUGAUAAAGAGAUCGAUUACUACAAAUAUGAAGGCUUUGAGAUUGAUUCAGCCUCAUCUCUUGAAGACAGGUAGUCUUAGAACUGAUUUGCUCUGUACCAUUUCGAGUUUCUUUUCUAGCUGCGAACGAGACUUUUCAAGUAUUAGCAAUGGGAAUGUCUGUUUCAGAGAGAGAUUGAGAAGUGGUAUUGUUGAUAUUAAGAAAGAUGAUGCUAUUGCUCUGUUCCAAGAAAUGAUUAGGUCUCGUCCUCUUCCUAGUCUUGUUGAUUUCAGUAGAUUCUUUAGUGCCAUUGCCAGAACAAAACAGUUCAAUCUCGUGUUAGAUUUCUGCAAGCAACUGGAAUUGAAUGGGAUUGCUCAUAACAUCUACACUUUGAAUAUCAUGAUCAACUGCUUUUGCCGGUGUUGUAAAACUUGUUUUGCUUAUUCUGUUUUGGGAAAAGUAAUGAAGCUUGGGUAUGAGCCUGACACAACCACGUUUAACACUCUGAUCAAAGGACUCUUUCUUGAGGGUAAAGUGUCUGAAGCUGUGGUUUUAGUCGAUAGGAUGGUGGAAAACGGAUGUCAACCUGAUGUGGUUACUUAUAAUUCGAUUGUAAAUGGGAUAUGUAGAUCAGGAGAUACUUCUUUGGCCUUGGAUUUGCUCAGAAAGAUGGAAGAAAGAAAUGUUAAGGCUGAUGUGUUUACUUACAGUACAAUCAUUGAUAGUCUUUGUAGAGAUGGUUGCAUAGACGCUGCAAUUAGCCUUUUCAAGGAAAUGGAGACGAAAGGGAUUAAAUCUAGUGUUGUUACGUAUAAUUCUCUUGUGAGAGGUCUUUGUAAAGCCGGUAAAUGGAAUGAUGGGGCACUGUUGUUGAAGGAUAUGGUGAGUAGGGAAAUCGUCCCUAAUGUCAUCACUUUCAAUGUAUUACUUGAUGUUUUUGUCAAAGAAGGGAAGCUUCAGGAGGCUAAUGAAUUGUACAAAGAGAUGAUCACAAGAGGUAUAUCACCUAAUAUUAUUACUUAUAAUACCUUGAUGGAUGGGUAUUGUAUGCAGAACCGUCUUAGUGAGGCCAACAAUAUGUUGGAUCUUAUGGUUAGGAAUAAGUGCAGUCCUGAUAUCGUGACUUUUACAAGUCUCAUCAAAGGAUAUUGUAUGGUGAAAAGAGUUGACGAUGGUAUGAAGGUCUUCCGCAAUAUUUCUAAGAGAGGCUUGGUUGCCAAUGCAGUUACUUAUAGCAUUCUUGUCCAAGGGUUUUGUCAAUCCGGGAAAAUAAAGCUCGCAGAGGAACUUUUCCAAGAAAUGGUUUCACACGGUGUUCUUCCUGAUGUUAUGACGUAUGGUAUUUUGCUUGAUGGCUUGUGUGACAAUGGGAAGCUUGAAAAGGCAUUGGAAAUUUUUGAGGAUUUACAAAAGAGUAAGAUGGAUCUUGGUAUUGUUAUGUAUACAACCAUCAUCGAGGGGAUGUGCAAGGGUGGAAAAGUGGAAGAUGCCUGGAAUUUAUUCUGUAGCCUACCUUGUAAAGGAGUGAAGCCUAAUGUUAUGACAUACACCGUGAUGAUUUCAGGAUUAUGUAAGAAAGGGUCACUGUCUGAAGCAAACAUCUUGCUUAGAAAAAUGGAGGAAGAUGGGAAUGCGCCAAAUGAUUGUACAUACAACACACUAAUCCGGGCACAUCUCCGAGAUGGUGACUUAACUGCAUCAGCUAAACUUAUUGAAGAAAUGAAGAGUUGUGGGUUCUCAGCAGAUGCUUCCAGUAUUAAGAUGGUUAUCGAUAUGUUAUUGAGUGGUGAAUUGGACAAAAGCUUUCUAGAUAUGCUUUCGUAACAGUUUGGUGGUUUUUAAUUAUUGUCUUAGAGCAAUGAAAAGGUUAACACUCAGAUAUUGUCUUAGCAAAGGUUCAAAGAGCCGACAAGAUCUCCUGGAGUUAAGCGGUUCAGAGAAAAUCAGGCUUAGUAGCUUAACCUUUGUUAAAAUGUUUGUCCGUUUGCCUUGACAUCUUCUCAAAAUGGUAUCUCUUCUCUUUUAUUUUCUAAAUUUUGCAGUUAAAUGUUUUCUGUUCCAUGCAUACUCUAAAACCAAAUCCCUGACACUUUGAUUUUUGUUUAGCCCUGCAACACUAUUACUACAUCUCUAAACGUCAACACAAUCGAAGCUCGUGGUAUGAAUUCCGCAGAACUGAAUAGAGAUCUCAGGAAGCUAAGGAGAUCAUCGGUUCUAAAGAAGUUCAAGAACAGGGAUGUUAGGGUACUUGUGACUAACGAGCUCUUGACUUGGGGUUUGGAAGAUGCGGAAUGUGAUCUCAUGGUCGAUCUUGAGCUUCCAACAGAUGCUGUUCACUAUGCUCAUCGAGCUGGAAGAAUGAGAAGGCCGGGAAGGAAAAUGACGGUGGUUACAGUGUGUGAAGAAUCACAAGUGUUAUAGUGAAGAAGAUGGAGAAGCAACAUGGUCUGCCUUUCUUGUAUUGUGACUUUAUUGAUGGAAAACUUGUUGUCCUGCAGAAGAUAUAGCUAUUUUACUCUAGUUUGCAGAUUCUUUUUAUAACCAAUUAAAUUCAGAACUUUCUUAUUUAUUUAUUUCUAAUACAACGAAACAUACUAAUUGUACUGGACU